UUUUUGAGUAUUAGUGUUUUAGUGAAAUAUCACGGUCAUUUUCAUAGUUUCAAUGUUCAGUAGUUUUUCUAAUGAGGGGCUCUCUUCGCGGUGUACUGACGCGCCCAUUAAGCCCCUGUAGACGUCAUUAGCACAACCCGUUUUCCUAACGGUUGGUUGCGACAUCACCCUAGAAACUUCACUUGAACUAGAGCGGAGCUAGGUAUUUGUCUUGUUCAGAUUUCGAUUUAGUGUCCAGUCUUUACGGGGCUCAAGUUGAUCAAACGGCUGACCAUACAACGAUGUGGAUGGAGAGACGGUGGAUUGUGGCCUGACAGAAGCCAUGGUUGGAUACCUCUUCGAUGGUUCGUUCAAAAAGCAACUUAAAUUUCAACAGUUUGUGCGACAGUACAAGGAAGGUGAGGUCGUUGUUACACUAGAACCAGUACCGGUGGAAGUCUACUGUCAGUCUACAGCACAGCCCCAGCCUCUGCCUUCCAUUGAUCCAAGUGGAGAAGCAACUCGCAAGAAAAUACCUCUUGUGACUGUCAUUCCAACCUUUCCAAAAGAUGUCCAAAUUAAACUGGAUGCUAAAGAACCAUGUCACAAAGUUCCAAAACUACGCAACAAAAUUAUCAGAGUGUUGUACGAAAUGAUGGCAGAACACACCCUGUAUCCAACCAAUGCAGAGUACAUUCAAGUUGCCAAGGCUUUGAUCCUUAAAUACCCUUUCCUGAGAGAUAUGGAGGGGAAUGGCUAUCACACUUGGCACAUGUCUCUAAAGCGAAAAUUUAAAGCAGAACGUGCACCACUUGUUAGUGACAGUGAAGUCAGAAAGCUGAAGGAGAAGUUUGGCCACAAAAAUCAGUUUAAAGCUACCAAUGCAUCAGCAAGUGUGUGUCGUAAGCCAGCUAAUCUGACAUUUCCAAAGGAAAUUUAUGCUGGUGAAGAUUCAACAACUGUUGAGGCCCAUGUGAGCGUGCUACAAAGUGAGUAUCGGAAGAUGCAUCCAGACAUGUCCACAGUCAAAGAUCGCAUGGCACGGACAUUCUGUUGGAGACGACGUGAAAUUGUGGAAGGAAUGCCAGUGGAGGAUGUAAUCAACAAAUACCCUUUUUUAAGGACACCGCCUGGAUUUUUUGAUGAAGUUGACAGAAUUCACCCUUCAACAAAUGGCUUCUAUCAUCGCUUCAAGGAGGGCUUUGCCAGUGUUUUGCCAAAUGUGCUUAAGAUUGCACAGGGAAGAUCUUCACUGGCAAAGCAGUACACUGAUGCAAGACAGGAUUCCCUGGCUGAAGAUCUACCAGGAAUAGACCUGAGGGCUGGGCUCAUCCUGUUGCCGUCCGUCUUCCGAGAAAAGACUGAACACUACAUCACUUUAGGAGAGGGAGACCCUGCUACACCCUAUCCAACCAUUCAAGUGAAGGAUCGUGACUGGAAAAUGGCAAUUACUGGUACAGGAUCAUGUGUGGUGAAAGUUGAUGGAGUCGAAGUGUGUCAGUGCGUACACCUUGAUGAAGCCUUCGCAACAGCUUUCAGUAUGUAUUUUGUUUUCAACAUCGCAUACCCAACACACUUGAAAAACACUCUGACUUUUCUUCAGCGACGCAUUGUCAGUAUUGUGGAAAAUGGAGACAAGCCCCUGCCAAUAACUGUACUGAGAAUGAUUAACCUUUUGUGCUAGAUCAUAAUGCCUCAACUGCACCAGUGCCCAAAGUGCACUCGAAGGACAUUUACUCUAGUGAAGUUAAUUCAGCAUGUUGGCCUUGUUCAUGCACAUGAACCAAAUUUUAGCAUCACCUGUGGUGUAGGUGAUUGCCAGUCAGCUUUUUCCCAGUUCCAUUCUUUUAGAAAACAUGUGUACAGGAAGCACAGAUGCUGUGUCUUCCGGUCUUCUGAGUCUAACAAUGAUGGUCCGAGUGAUGAGUCCACAGUAGGGCAACAGCCAUUGUACCUGGAUGAACAAGAUUCUGAGACUGAUCUGUGUGCUUCUGAUCCACAAACAGUUGAACCAAAUUUAGAUAAACUACUGGGGGACUUCAGAGAUAAUCUGUUUGGAUUCAUUCUUAAAUGCAGAGAGAAAAAUCUUUUACAUUUGUCAGUUCAACAAGAGAUUACAGAUGAUGUCAAAUUUCUCUUUUGCUUUUUCAAAGAAAACUAUGAUUUGUUUAUCUCUCAUCAUCUUGAAAAGAGUGGUUUUGAUAUUUCAAAGUGCCCUGAACUUCAGCAGGUUUUACACUCGCCUGAUUUCUUUGAUAAAGUUUGUGAAGUGGUUCGUUCCCCACACAUGAUUAAAGAACACUGCAAGGCCAAAAUGGACUAUACAGAACCUGUACACUAUGCACUGAAAGACUCUUCUGGUAACAAAAUAGGAACCUAUUCCUAUGUUCCCAUCUCUGAGGUUUUAAAGAAAUACUGUUCUCAUGAAGAUGUCUGGGAUCAAAUACUAUCUGAAAAUAACAAAGUCCAAGAUGAAGAUAUUCUGACAGACUAUAGAGAUGCCCUUUAUUUUAAGGAGCAUUUAUUUUUCAAAGAGCAUCCAAAUGCUUUAAGGCUUCAUUUAUAUGAAGAUGAAUUUGAAAUCGUUAACCCUUUAGGUUCCAAGAGAACUAAGUAUAAACUGUGUGCAUUUUACUACACUGUUGGAAAUUUGGGUGGGAAGUAUCGAUCUCAGCUUAAGCACAUUCACUUAGCUUUGCUAGUUCGCUAUUCACAUGUGAAACAAUUUGGUAUGGAUGUCAUAUUAAAACCACUGAUUGAUGACCUAAAACAGCUUUCAACAGAGGGCUUCAUUGUAAGUGUUUGUGGAACAGAACACAGAGUUUAUGCUGCUUUAGCAACGUUCUCAGGUGACAAUCUGUCAGCUCACAUGAUUGGCGGCUUUCGCAUGUGUUUCCAUUCAGGUCGAAUUUGUCGUUACUGUAUGGCAACCCAUUCAGAAAUUAAUCACAAAUUCCAGGAACAUGGCUAUGUUUUGAGAACAAGAGAAGUUCAUGAAUAUCAUCUCCAAUGUGUCCAGCAAAACACUGAAAAUGCUGCCUUGUAUGGUGUACAUGGUAGUAGUUCAUUUGAUGCAUUAGGUUAUUUUGAUGUGACUAAGUCUUUGCCCCCAGACAUAAUGCAUGAUCUGUUAGAGGGAGUUUUUCCACUGACAAUGAAGCGUGUGAUUUGUGAAGCACAUAAACAAAAGCACAUAACCAUAUCUGAGCUAAAUGAAGAGCUUCAAAAAUUUUGUGUUGGGCAGAAUGACAAGGCCAAUAAGCCUGUACUGUUGUCUGAACGAGUUCUUCAAACUUCAGGGAUUGUAGGAACAGCUGCUCAAAAAUGGUGUCUCUUCAGAUUGCUGCCUUUUAUAAUGGGGCCCCGUAUUCCUCCUGAUAGCAAAUACUGGCAUGUGUUCUUAUUAUGUAGAGAUAUUGCAGAUAUUGUCAUGGCAGAUAAAGUUAGGACAGAUGAACUGGCAUGUUUAGAAUUGCUUGUGCACACAUUCCUUUCUGAGAUGACAGAGGUUUUUGGAACUGUAUUAACACCUAAAUGUCAUUAUCUUAUACA